AUGACAAUUAAAACAGAUGAAUAUUUUAAAAUAUUUUACGAAGGUAUUUGUGCUGAAGCGAGAAUUUUAACUAAAGAAUCUUUCUUGUCACGUCCUCGAAAACCACCUGCAAGAUGUGCCGAUUGUUUACCAACACUUCACGAGACAGAUUUUGGCUUUUAUCAUCAUCAAUAUUUUGAAGUUAUCAACCAAGUUAUAGACUUCGUUGAUUCACGUUUUAAACAAUCAGCAUUUCCCAUUGUUAUGCAAAGUAGAGCAGUUCAUUCUGUCAGCAGCUAA